AUGUUCCCGACGGUGAGAGUGUCUUUUACGGGACUGAAGAGCGAAGAUCGGUAUAUUGUGCUGCUGGAUAUCGUCCCUAUCGACAACAAGAGAUACAGAUACGCCUACCACCGCUCCUCGUGGCUGGUCGCUGGCAAGGCCGACCCCCCUCCCCCCUACCGCCUCUACCCCCACCCGGACUCCCCCUACACCGGCGACCAACUCAAGAAGCAGAUCGUGACGUUUGAGAAGCUAAAACUCACCAAUAAUGAACUCGAUAAACAUGGCCAUAUCGUGUUGAACUCGAUGCACCGCUACCAGCCCCGGAUCCACCUGGUCAGACGCCACGACUCCGGCCAAGGACCAGUCGCUGAUCUCGACCUUGAGGACCACAAGACCUUCAUCUUCUCCGAGACCGUCUUCACCGCGGUCACGGCCUAUCAGAAUCAGCUGAUCACGAAACUCAAGAUCGACAGCAACCCAUUCGCUAAGGGGUUUCGGGACUCAUCACGUCUCACAGACUUCGAGAGGUGA